AUGGCUCCGAGGGGAAAAGACCUUUCACUCGAGCAAAAGCAGAUGAUAAUCAAAUUGAAUGAGAGUGGUUUAAGUAGCCGGAAAAAUUCGGAAAUUAUCGGAAUAAGUCCAAAUUCCAUACAGAAGAUUGUUAGACGAAAUGCUGAAAGGAGUUCCAUGGAAAACAGAGAAAGACAGGGAAGAAAUCGACUGGUGGGCGAAAGAGGUGAUCGUGUCUUGUCUAGGUUGGUGAAGAAAAAUCGUCGACAGACUCUGUCAGAUUUAACUGAUAAAUUUUACGAAUCUGUACCACAGAAAGUGUUUUAUAGAACUGUAAGAAGGAGAUUAAAAGAACAGAAAUAUCAAAGAUGCUCCGUUUUAAAGAAAAUAACAAUCUCGAAACCAAAUCGUCAAAACCGUGUUUUGUGGUGUCGAUCCAAAUUAGGGUGGACAGUGGAGGAAAACUGGAGUCAGGAGUUUCCUGCAAGUAAAUGGAUUCUACAGGAGGAUAAUUGUCCGGUGCACCAGUCCAGACAGACUGUUGAAUGGAAAACAACAAACAGAAUCCCUACACUUACCUGGCCUAGUCAAUCACCAGACAUUAACAUAAUUGAAAAUGUGAGGAGGACAAUUAAGAUCAGACUGGAAAAUCGCCUGGACAAAAUUUAA